AUGUACCUGAUCACGGUGGUUGGAAACCUGCUCAUCAUCCUGACCGUCUGCUCUGACUCCCACCUCCACACUCCCAUGUACUUCUUCCUGGCCAACCUGUCCUUUGUAGACAUCUUUUCCACGUCCACCACUGUCCCUAAGAUGCUGAUGAAUAUACAGACAGAAAGUAAAGUCAUAACCUUUGCAGGCUGUGUCACACAGAUUUAUUUUUUCAUACUCUUUGCUGUGUUGGAUGUCUUUCUCCUGAGUGUGAUGGCCUAUGAUCGCUAUGUGGCCAUCUGUCACCCCCUACACUACAAAGUCAUCAUGAAACCCCGGUUCUGUGGACUGCUGGUUCUGUUGUCCUGGCUUUCUGUUGUCUCAUUAUUUUAUUGUACAAUGCUAGGUGUGUAUCUUAGCUCUGCUGCUACUCAGAGCUCCCACGCAAGUGCAGUGGCCUCAGUUAUGUACACGGUGGUCACACCCAUGCUGAACCCCUUCAUCUACAGCCUGAGGAACAAAGAUAUAAAGAGGGCUCUGAAAACAUUCUUUUUGAGGGAGAUUCUACAUGGUCAAUUGUCAUAG